CAUGUCUGAAGCUAUAACGCUGAAGGGCGAUGACGAUCGCGCAUCACAAGCGUGCGCAGCAUGCAAAAAGCGAAAAGGCAGGUGCGACAGAUCUAUCCCAUGCUGCUAUCAUUGUAAAAGGAGAAAUCUGCCAUGCUAUUAUCCAGACAAGAAGGUCAAGCUUACUAGUAACCAAACAAAUCGCUUUCCACCGGCUUUCUUCCUUGAUUAUGACCUAUUUAGCGCAUCCUCUUCCAAACUUCCACCGGCGAGUCUUGAGGUGCCGUCCUACGUAUCCGCCGAAAUCGGUGACUAUAUGAAGCAGCAUACAAUUGCAUCUCAGUAUUUUGCAACUAUCCAUCUAUGGAUGCCUAUUGUCUCAAAUCCGCGGUGUUUCAACACUCUUUUGAACCCACUUAGUUUUGACCGCGCCGAUGUGGCCCUCCUCUGCCUGGCUAUGAAACUAAAUUUGUGGUUACCAACGGCUAGCAGUUCAGAUCCGCAUACCACAACCUAUAUUGCAGCUCGGCAGUUUUUAUACGGUUUGGAAAUAUCCGGGACGUUGAGUCUUCCAAUCCUGCAGGCCGCUAUCCUAAUCACAAUAUAUGAGAUUGGACACGCCAUCUACCCUGCCGCCUAUGCCUCUAUUAGUGUUUGUAUUCAGUAUGCUGCUGCGUUAGGCCUUGAGUGGAAAACAACGUCUUGGAGAGAUGGUGAUCAAGAUUGGAUCGAAUCUGAAGAGCGACGCCGGGUUUGGUGGGCUAUCGUCAUAUUAGAGCGAUACAUCUCGUUAGGCUGUCGACAACGCCGAAUUAUCACCACAGGGCCUAGACAAGAUGAAUUACUACCUAUCGAUGAUGCAGCAUGGGACAAGGAGGUCAUGGUGCCAAGAUAUUCAAUGACUGUGUCUGCACCGAGUAAUAUAAAUAUGGGUAGAUUUGCCCGUCUAUCCCAGGCAACUUAUCUCCUAGAUCGAGUAUUGCAGCAUCUGCAAGACAGUGCUACGUUCUCUGAUGCACUCAGCGAAGAAGCUAUUCAACUAGAUAAGGCUCUCCGAGCGUUGGUGGCUUUUACAGAAAGCGAGACUAAUCGAAGGGAGAUGAGAAUUUGCACCCAGACUGCAUUAUGCCAAAGGUUUAUGUUACCAUACCGCGAUACACAUAGAUUCAAGCUAACGUUGUUAAUCACUUUAAGCGGUCUUGCACUCCUUCAUGUUCCUUGGUUAUAUCCAGCCAAUGAGAGCAUAGCCACUAAAUAUCGUUCUGCCCUAGCUUGGGAUGCAAUGGACCAGCUCUCUGACAGAUUUUUGAAUUACUCAAAGAAGAUUCUCAGUGGGACUGAGCUUCCAAUUCUUGAAUCAUCUCCGCUGUCUCUGCACUGGAGCUAUCAGGCACUUGUUCACUUUUGUCGACCCUCCAACAAGAAUACUCCAUCAAACAGACUCCAGGCUCAAGAAACUAUACAAGAGGCUCUCAAAUUUGCCUACUCCCGAUGGAAGUUGACAGAAACAUAUCUAGAUAUGUUAACAAUGAACCAGUAUAGAAAUAUCCAAACUAAAUAA